CCGUGGACGAGAUACAGUAGCACAGUAUUUUACCAGAGAUUGGUGUCCAUUCACUGUAAUUUUCCGGAGGGGAUAGGCGGAGAUGGCGGCCGUUCUGCUGCAGGUUUUGGAGCGGACGGAGCUGAACAAACUUCCGAAAGGCGCCCAGAAUAAGCUGGAGAAGUUUGUAACGGAGCUGCAGAAUGCUAACGAGGCGCUCAGGACGCAGCACGAGCGGUUCAAAGCAGACAGUGAGCAGCAGUACUUUGACAUUGAGAAGCGACUGGUGGAGAGUCAGGAACAGAUCCUGUCUGCCACCAAAGACUUGCAGGCCCUGAGGGAGGAAAAUAAAAAACUCAAUGAAGAGCUGAAUACUCUCAAAGGAAUAGAAGGAGAGACCUUUGAAAAUAAAACACCACAACAGCAAACAAAGGCCAAGUAUGAGAUUGAGGCAGAGAAGAGAGAGCUGGCGAGGCUGCUGGAGAAGAGAACGCAGGAGGUGGAGAACCUUACUGAGGACGUGAACCGUCUAAACGAGAAGCUGUCAGAGACGAACAAAGUCAAAGUGGAUCUCCAGUUAAAACUGGAUGACAUACAGUCAUCUGCAGCCUCUGUACAGCACCGGGAGAAGCGUAUGGAGCAGGAGAAGGAGUUACUUGAGAAGAAGAUCGAGUGGCUUACUACAGAACUGAAGACCAAAACUGAAGAACUGCUGAACACUAACAGAGACAAGGGCAAAGAGAUACUAGAGCUGCAGGGUAGUGUGAAAGAGAGCAAGGAGCAGGUGGCCAGACUGGAAAGUCAGCUCACUUCUGUGAAGGAAACCAGUGAAAGCCAGAGUAAACGAGCUGAAGACCUUAACAACCAACUGAAACAGGCUAAAGAUGAGCGGAGUGCCAUGGAGGAGAAAUACCGCAAUGAACUCAACGCUCAUGUCAAGUUGUCUUCACUCUACAAGGAGGCAGCAACAGACAUGGAGACCAAGAACCAAGAGCUGUCCAGAGCGGUGGAAGAACUCAGUAAACUGGUCAAGGAAACCGGGGAAGCCAAUAAAGCUCUUGAGAAGAAGGUUUCUGAGGGAGAAGAAGUCAAGAUACGGCUCGAGGCAGAGCUUAGAGAGAAGGUCAAGAAAAUGGAGAAAGAGCUGGAAAACGCUACAACGAAGGCAGCAGGCAAACACUGCUGUGAGCCCUCUCUGACUGAGGAGCAGUUGGACUACAUGUGUCCAUCAGCAGCUGCCAUUGCUGCGAUUGUAAAGCCUGGCAUGAAGUUCUUUGAUCUGUAUAAUGCGUAUGCAGAGUGUCAGACACAGCUUCAGCUUGAGAAACAGGAGACCAGGAGAGUGAGCAGGGUGCUGGAUGAGAUCGUCCAGGAAGUCGAGUCCAAAGCUCCUGUCCUGAAGCGUCAGAGAGAGGAGUAUGAGAGCAUGCAGAGAUCCAUGGCCUCGCUGUGCAACAAGCUGGAACAGGCUCGAACGGAGAUCUACAGUUUGCAGAAAGAGAAAGAUGAGGCCAAGCAGCGCUGUGAAGCCCUGGAGAGAGACAAAGUGAGGGCGGAGAGACAGCUAGAGGACACAUCUGCGCAGGUGUGUGCUCUUCUGGUGGAGCUGGAGGAAGCCAGAGGUAAUCAGGUGACCAAGGAAGACGACAGCUCCGCCAACAUUUCCAGCACCUCUGAGGUCGUCAGCUCGCGCCAGUUGUCUUUCCGCAGUGUGGAGGAGUUACAACGGCAGAACCAAAGCCUGCUGGGAAGACUGAGGGAGCUGGAGCAGGAGAAGGACAGAGAGCAGACCCAUGUAACAUCAGUACGUGUAUCAGAGCUGGAGGCCAGUGUGGAUAAACUUCAGAAGGAGGUGGAGCAGCUGAGAGAGCAGAGGAACCAGCUGAAACAGCUGGCUGACUCCAACGCCAGACAGAGAGACAUGUACAAGGCCCUGUUGACACACAGCACCGGCUUCAGCCUGCCUCCUCAAGGUCCAGAUUCUUCAUCCCACACUGCACAGGUUCGUCCUUCGGCCCCAGGCACUCGCUCCACUCCACAGAGAGCCGCUGCUGCCGAGUCAGCACAGACUGCUCAGGCUAAAGCUGCUUUAAAACAGAUCAGCGAUGCCUUCAGUCUGUACAAAAAGGAGAAAGCAGAGAAUGACAGGAUGUUGAAUGAAACCAACGACAGGCUGCAGAGACAGCUCACAGAGCUCAACUCCAGCCACGCCAAGCUGACUUCUCAGCUGGAGUUCAGCAACAAGAGGUAUGAGAUACUCCAGGAGACUGUAUCAGCCUACCGCAGGGAGAUCUCUGCCCUUCAGGACAGGAACCAAAAAAUGGCUGCAAUGGCCCCACGACAUGAGCACAUCAUCCACACGAUGAGCCAGGACCUGCGACAGGCUAACGAAAAACUGGCCCUGGAAGAGGUGCGCGUAGAGAACUUGACCAAAGAGAGAGACAUGUUAAGACAAGCAGAGAGUCGACUGACUCGAGAGAAGGAAGCCAUCCUGGCUGAGCAGCGUAACCAGAACCUGCUUCUCACCAACCUCAAGACUAUACAGUUGACUAUGGAGCGGACAGAGACAGAUACCCGCCAGCGGCUGAACAACAAGAUAGAACAUCUGGAGGCAGAACUGGCUUCUAUGAAGACCAGGCUGGACCAAGAAGUAGCACAGAGACAUGCCCUCGGACGCACAAUGGACGCUCAGCUGUUAGAAGCGAAGAAGCAGCUGGAGACUCAGAACAUCUUGCAGCAGAAGACCAGGGAGUUGCUGCGUAGCUCUGAACAGCAGGUGGCUACGCUGAAAACCCAGCUGGCUUCUGCUUCAUCCUCUGAGGCUGUUUCCAGCUCCAGCAACACCACCACCCCAGCUACCAGAGCCACACCAGGCCUCAGAGCACCUCUGAGAGUGCGCACUCAGGGGCCAGCAGCCAGCCAGCAGUCCAGCCCGUCCGAGCAGGAGCUUGCAGAGGUGAAAGGUCUCCUGCAUACAGCUGAGGAACAGAACAGUGAGCUAGCAGAGCAGCUGAAGAAUGCGAAUGCUACUGUAGAGCAGUACAGAGCUGUGGUACUGACUCUGGAGGACAGUCUGAAGAAAGAGAAGGAGUCGCGCUCCCCCCUUGAGCUCCGACUGAAGGAGUCGGAGGAGGUGCAGAAGCAGCUGGAGAAGAGGAUUGUAGAGGUGGAGAAGAUGAAGCAGCAGGAGCAAGAAGAGAGGAGGAAGGCUGUGGAUGCGGUGGAGAAACAAGUGUGUGAGCUGCAGCGCAGUCUGAAGGUCAGUCGGACCGAGCAGCAGGAGGCGCUGGAGAGAGCAGCUGCUUCUCUUACACAGGAGCAGAAGGCCGUGCAGGACAGCCUGCUGCAGACUAAGCUUGCUGGAGAGGCGCAGGCUAAGUAUGAGCGGGAGCUAAUGCUUCAUGCUGCUGAUGUGGAGGCUCUGCAGGAGCUCAAGAAGAAAAUCCAACAGGAAGCCACACAGAGGAGGGAGUUAGAGGAGCAGCUGAACAAGACCUCUGUCCUCCUGCAGGAGAAAACUGCAGCCUUGAACACAGUGGAGAGACAGCUGAAGGAGGACCUGUCUAAUCAGACUCAUCGCUGCGAGGAGCUGGAGAAGCAGAAUGUGCUGUUGCACCAACAGAUGGAUGAAAUGGCCACCAGGAGCCGUCAGCAGCAACAGCAGCAGCAGCAGCAGCUUGACUUGUCAUUCAGUGAAGAAGGGAAGACCACUGAACAGAUACUAGAAAUACUGAGGUUUGUGCGGCAGGAGAAGCAGAUCGCCAUGGCUCGAUGUGAGGUGUCUGAGGGAGAAGCUCUUCGCUACAAACAGCGGGGGGAGCACCAAGACAGAGAAAUAAAGCAGCUACAGGAAGCUCUGAACGCUGAGAGGGAGAAAAUGCAGGCUACAGCAAAGACUCUGGCCCAGCAGGGAGAACAGCUGAAGAAGAUGGACAGUAUCAGUACUCUCCAAGAAACCAACAGGAUGCUGAAAAUGGACAGAGAUAAACUGGAGCAGGAGCUGCAGCAAGCUCAGGCUAAAGUGACCAAGCUCCAGUCAGACAUCAGCCCACUGCAUCACUCUUUAUCUCAGCUGUCCGAGAGAAAUGGCUCCCUGCAGGCUGAUAAGAGGAUUCUGGAAGAUGACCUGAAACGCUGGAAGGCCAAAGCACAGCAACUGGCGAACCAACAGAAAGAUAGCGACGUGGAGGAGAGACAGAAGCUGACCACUGAGAGAGAAGCUCAGCAGAGACGCAUCACACAGCUAGCUGAAGAGACAGCCAAGCUGAAGACCGAACUGGCCAGAUCCAGUGCCAGCAGUAACUCGGCUCAGUCUCAGCUGCAAGCCCUCCGAGACUCUGUGGCCCAACUGACAUCAGAGAGAGACUCGCUGAAGAAAGACGUGGAAACAAGAAAGAACGACAUUCUGGAGAAGAACAAGACCAUCACCCAGGUCAAGAAGAUCGGACGACGCUACAAGACCCAGUAUGAGGAGCUCAAAGCCCAGCACGACAAGCUGGUUGGGGAAACAGCAGCUAAGGCAGGAAGCGAGGCAGCUCCGAGCCAGGAGGUGCAGCAAGAGCUGACUAAAGCCCAGGAGGAGCUCAACAAGGCCCGAGAGGAGCUGAAAACACUGAAGGAGGAGGUGCAGAAAAAACAGGAACAGACCCAGAAGGCCCAACAAGAGCUGGACGAGGCCCAAAAGGAAGCCCAGAAGACCAAGGAAAAGUUCCAGGAGGCCCAAAACCAGCUGACACAGAACCAGAACCAACUGACACAGGUCCAGUCCCAGUUGACUCAGACCCAGGCUCAACUGCAGCAGAAUCAGAACCAGCUGACCCAGAGUCAGAAAGAGCUGCAACAAGCCAAGACCCACAGCCAGCAGGUACAAAACCAGUUAAAGUCGGCUCAGGCUCAAGCUCAGGCUCGUCAGAACCAGAUUCAGCAGAUCCAGAGAGAGCUGCAGCAGGCGAAAGAAGCCCUCCAGCAGAACCUCACCAAUCAGAAAGAGCUACAGCAGACCCACCAAACCAGCCAACACAGCCACAACCAGGAAGUCACCAAUCUCAAGACAGCUCUGAGCCAAGCAGAGACAAAGGUGACUGAGCUCCAAGGCCAGCUGGACAACCUGCAGAAGACGGUUGGUGAGCGUGACGCAGACAUCAAGCGUCUGCAGGAGCAGCUAACUGAAGCAAACCAGGCUAGUUCCCAGUCUAUCCAGGCCAAUGAUGCUAACACUGCUAGUGACGGUAACCAGGCGCUGCAAGAGGAGCUGGCUAAAGUCAGACAAGAGCUGUUUGAGAGCAAGAGCAGAGAGGAGCAGCUGAAACAACAGAUGAGUGACAAAGAGGAAAAGACUAAGAAGGCCAUCCUGGGAGCUAAGACCAAAAUCAACCAACUUAACAAUGCCAAAGAGCAGCUCAAUGAGGAGAUAACAGAGCUGAAACAGAGUAAGGAGGAACUGGAGGUGAGAAUGAACGCCCUCAAGUCUCAGUAUGAAGGUCGACUUCUUCGCCUGGACAGAGAGCUGAGAGAACUGAGAGAGACGCAGACACACUCUGACCCCAGAGAGGAGCCACAGGACCAGACUGGAUCUAAGGUGGUUGAUCAGCCCAGAUCUGCAGACCAGAGGCAGAUAUCUUUGAAGAGUCCAGCCCAGGACAGGGGAAGCUCCAGCCUGUCUGAGCCUCCUACUGCUAACAUCCGCCCCACCCCAAGUACUCAGUCUCCUAGCAGCAAGCCAAGUCCCUCUCCUGGUAGCAAGGCCACACCCCGUGCCAGCAUCCGGCCUAUGGUUACCCCAGCAACUGUCCCCAUCCCAACACCUACUGCCACUGUCAUGCCAACCACACAGACUGACAGCCAAGAGGUGCUAAUGAGUGCAGGAGCCUCUGUACACUCUACCAGCUCCAGUCUGGUGAGCGCACCCACCUCCAUAACUCAGCCAACCAGCACACAGGCAACAGCUUUUGUCCAGCCCACCCAGCAACAGGCAGCCAAUCAGGAGGCAGGGUCCAUUACGGAGGCAGAGCGACCAUCCACGUCCUCCACCCUGAUUGGCACAGCAGGUUCAAAGCGAGGCAGAGAGGAUGAGGAAGAGGAGGAGGAAGAAGAGAACAGACCCGAGAGUUCCCACACACCACCGAGCACCAAAAAACUACGGCUAAAACCAACCAUAGCUCUGCAGAUGGAAGGUGAUGAGGAGAUAGAAGGAGAGCUGAGGGACGAGGGGGAACGGCAGGAUUCACCAGAUGACAGUCAGGAGCUUCCAGAGGAGGGUUUCCCUGUUUUACCUGAAGAGGAUGAGGACAUGGAGGAGGAAGGCGUGUCCCAGUCUGUCCCCUCUUACCAGAUGUCCUCUCAGGGCUCUGCUUUGAUCCGGGAUGUUAUUGUGAUUGACACGGACAGCGAGAGCCGGGAGAGCAAAGAGGGGGAGGAGAAGCGGGAGGAUGAAGACGGAGAGGAGGAGGAGGAGGAGGAGGAGGAGGAGGAGGAGGAGGCAGAGGAGUAUAAGGAGGAAGAGGAGGAUGAUGAAGAUGAGGAUGAUGCCGGUGACAGCGGAAUGAGGGGAGGAGAGGAUAGUAAUGACAGGAGCGGGGAGGCUGAAGGUGAGGGAGAGGAGGAGGAGGAGGAGGAUCCAUCAGAAGCCACCAACGCUGAGGAGAACGUGUGCGGAGCGUCUUCGGACUCCCAGCGUUCGUCUGAGCCUCCACACAGCAGUGAAGGCAGCAGCGGUCCCACAUCCGAGUCUGACCCCACCAGAGACCCAGUGCACCUCCCCCCAGCCUCCUCCUCCACACACUCCCCUUCCUCCUCCCUUACACCCCGCUUGCCCCACCCCCGCAGGCCCACACACUCCCUCCCACCAAGGCUCUAUAUCCAACCUCCAGCUCCAGAGCUGGGACCCCCACACACACAGAGACAGUCGUCUCAACUGCGCAGACCAUCAGUAGGACGUGGGCUUCAACUAACCCCUGGAAUCGGAAGUACGCAACAUUUCUUUGAUGAUGAUGACAGAAUGGUUCCCAGUACUCCCACUUUGGUGGUCCCACACCGCACUGAUGGCUUCGCUGAGGCUAUACAUUCUCCUCAGGUAGCAGGUCUGUCCACCAGGUUUAGGUUUGGACCUCCAGAAGACCUGCUGCCUCAGACAUCAGCCUCUCACUCUGACCUGGGACAGCUGGCCUCUCAAGGAGGUUUGGGGAUGUAUGAGUCUCCUCUAUUCCUGGCUGCUCACGAUGAAGACGGCGGAGGACGGAGUGUCCCCACCACACCUUUACAAGUGGCCGCACCAGUGACGGUCUUCACCGAGUCUCUGCCCUCAGACAGCGGUGACAACAUGGCCUCCCAGUCUGUUCCUAUGGUAACCGCCUCCACCGGGAUGGCUGCUGCAGCCGACGAUGGAGACGAGGUGUUCGUGGAGCAGGAAGGAGAAGGGCCUGGUAUUGAGUCUUCUUUGGAGAGCCAGGCGGACAUGGAGCCAACAGGACAGCAGAGUGAUGACGCAUCACUGCCAUCUACCAGCCAAGACCCUGACACCAGCAGCGUUACUCAGCGGCGCACAGGGAACAGCCAGCCUCUGAUCAGCACCCUGUCAGGCCGAGGAGCCAGAGGAGGGAGGGGGGAGGCCAGGAUGUUAAUCAGCCGCAGAGGAACUUUCUCUCGGGGAGGCAGAGGGGGGUCCAUGGGCAGAGGGGGCAUCGCCUAAUGAAGAUGUCACCAGCAGCACCUAAGUCAUUUCAUCCAGUGAGGAAGUGAAGACGCUCAACUCCCAGAUUGGUUUUUUUUUUUGUUGAAUUUUCAGUCCAAUCAGAAUCAAUAAUCACACAAGUACGACAGAGAUGUGACAGCUUUGUAUGUGUGCGAUCCUUUCUCUGGUGUGUAAGGUCUGAUUGUUAGUGAAGUCCACUGAGUUUUUAAGUUGUUGUUUUGUAAUUUUUGUGUAACUCAUGUCUUCGUGAGAGCAGCCCUGGUUCUGUAAUGUUAGUUUCUUCAUUUGUUCUGUCAGUGCUGUUAAUACAUUUGUUUUAAUAAUAAAGUUGAAUAAUGGGGAA